AUGGCCAAUGAUAAAAAGGAAUUCCGAAGCUGCUGCGCGCCUUCGCCUCCUCCGUCUUACACCCCUUCCCUCUGUCGUUUACCGAUUUCUGCUACUAGUCCAAGAAUCUUGCCAUGUUUAAUCUCUCUCUCUCUCUCUCUCUCUAUCUAUCUAUCUAUCUAUCUAUCUAUCUAUAACAUUUUAUUCAUUAUCUAUCUAUCUAUCUAUCUAUCUAUCUAUCUAUCUAUCUAUCUAUCUAUAUAUAUAGGUAGAGAAAUAGAUAGUAUCUAUCUAUCUAUCUAUCUAUCUAUCUAUCUAUCUAUCUAUCUAUCUAUCUAUCACAUUUUAUUCAUUAUUCAUCUAUCUAUCUAUCUAUCUAUCUAUCUAUCUAUCUAUCUAUCUAUCUAUCUAUCUAUCUAUCUAUCUAUCCACACACACACACACACACACACACACAUAUAUAUAUAUAUAGUUCAUUAUCUACCUCAUUUUAAUUUAUUCAUUAUCUAUCUAUCGAUCUAUCUAUCUAUCUAUCUAUCUAUCUAUCUAUCUAUCUAUCUAUCUAUCUAUCUAUCUAUCACAUUUUAUUCAUUAUCUAUCUAUCUAUCUAUCUAUCUAUCUAUCUAUCUAUCUAUCUAUCUAUCUAUCCACACACACACACACACACACACACAUAUAUAUAUAUAUAGAUAUCUAUUACAGUUCAUUAUCUACCUCAUUUUAAUUUAUUCAUUAUCUAUCUAUCUAUCUAUCUAUCUAUCUAUCUAUCUAUCUAUCUAUCUAUCUAUCUAUCUAUCUAUCUAUGUAUUUUUACACCUAUACGUUUGUCUUUCUUUAAAUAUCUACACCUAUAUGUUCGUCUUUCACUAUAUAAUUACACCUAUACGUUUGUCUUUCUCUAGAGAUUUUUACACUUAUACGUUUGUCUUUCUUUAA